ACCAGCGACAUUUCUUAAUGUUCCGGUCCCUAUGCAUACAUCUGUUUUUAUUGGUGAUCAAUGUGAGCAGAGCACCGCAGUGCUGCUACGUUAAGUCUCAGUAACAAUCCGCGAGUUCAGGCACUAAUAACAAUGUUAACAUAUUGAGCUUAAUCAUGGAGGAAGCAGUGCCUUUUAGCAUCGUGUCCACCGUCAAAGCGCUGAGCGGCGCGUUGCGGGGAGAUGCUGAAAAUGAAGCCGAAAUCAUCCGCGAGCGAGAGAAGCUAUGGUUCAAGGAGAGCAGCGCAAAAAACCUGAGAAAUCGCGACUUCUUGUCACCCAACACAGUUCUGACGACAUUGUACGCGGGUGGAGAGGUUCCCUGUGAUGUUCUCAGUGGUAUUUGCUCUCUUCGUGGCAGCGGUGUAUUGCCGAUAGGAGCCACUGAGGUGACAGCAGAAGGGCUGCGUGUGUGUGUGGAUCGCUGCACAGCAUUCAGACGUGUUUUAUGUGGAAUAAUGCCGUAUCUGAGACCCGCAGCUCAGAGACAGGGCUGUGUCCUCAUCAACUGCCCUGCCCUCCACACCAAACAAGCUGUGCCAUCUCCCGAUACGCUAGCUCUGGGGCAGCUACGAACUGUUCUCAUUGCUGACCACCUCGGGGCACAGCUCAGAAGACAAGGGUACACCGUGUCCUUUUGUCCAGCCUUGCCACAGGAGAGUGACAUUGUGAACUUCCUGAAAACACUAGGCAUUGAUUGGCCGACAGUCCCUGUCAGCUGGACCAAUGAGGACAGGGAGGAGAAGAUGAAAAAAGCUUUAGAGAACUCGACCUACAGAGACAGAGAAAUGGAGAGGGGAAAGAGAAGAAGUAGGGGAGAGGAAAUAGAGGGAGAAAAGAGAGGGAUAGAAGAGGAAGUUAGGAUAAACCUUAAACAAGUGGUACAGGACGAGAAUCUUCAGGGUUAUGAUCCCAGUCUUGGCACUUGCACAGUGCAGAGAGAAGCUUUGUGUCAUCUGGCCCAGCUGGACAGCGCUACUGCAGAUUUCCCUGUCACUACGACAACAGCCCUGCAUGUCACUUCCUGUCAGGAUGAGUUUCGUCAGCAGCAAACAGCCAUGCUGUGGAGAGCAACGGGUGUAACGGCAGUGCAGAGAUUAGUGAUUUGUGGUCCAGUUAAAACUCCCGGCGUUCAGAUGAAUGCAGCUCAGUAUCUUCAGUUAAGAAAAGCUCAAAUGAAAGAAGCCUCAGAAAUGAAGUAUGGAGACCAAGUUGAAGGUCAGACAUGGGAUGACAUCAUCAGAGUCAUGACCUCGGCCACCGUGAGGUUUGAACUGCUAUCCACCGUACACACAAGUCCAGUGACCUUAGAUGUGCAGCGGGACAGUGGUGUGUCCACAAAGGGCCCUAGGGGUGGAGUCUUUGUCAUGUAUAACUGCGCUCGUCUUCAUACACUCUUCAGCAGCUACGAGAAAGGGGUGGAGCAAGGUCUUUAUCCAGAAAUCCCUGGAGGCACAGAGCUGGACUUUUCUGCCCUGAAAGAGGAGGGGGAGUGGCUUCUUCUCUUCAAUUACCUUAUUCCAUUCUCUGAGCUACUGGACCAAUCAGGACAGGUCCUGGAGCAUGAAGGGGGCGGAGCUAGAGUAAAUUUAAGAACAGAACAGGUGUGCAGAUUCUUGGUGUCUCUCAGUAAAGAUUUUAGUUCUUACUACAACAGAGUUCACGUCCUUGGGGAGCCCCUGCCUCAUCUUUUUAAUCAAAUGUUUUGUCGUUUAUUGUUGCUGAGAGCAUUAAGAGAACUUUACCACAGCGCCCUGGACUCCCUUAACUUGCCCCCAAUCCCCCAACUAUAGCAUCUCCACUGCAGACAUUAUACUCGAAUAGUCACAAACUCUCUCCCCUAACAGCCAGAACCCUUCCAUUUGACUUGGUUAUUACACUUUCUCCUUUCUCACACCCAUAAUUGCCUGACCACUUUGUCCAAAUAGUCCAAUAUUCCUCUAAAAAGGUUGUUUUAAAUGUCAUAGACACAAGGCAGGAUAGAUCCCAAAAUUACUGUCUCUCUUUAUCCUUUCAUCCAAAAAAUGAUUUAACCAUUUAAAUCACCCCUGCAAAUGUCAACAAGCAAGAUGCUUUCAUUCACAGUGAAUUUGAAUUCUCUUGUACCAUAUUCAUAGAUUCUGCCCUCCUGCAUGACAAUGUAUUCUAUGUAAUAGUAUUUAAUGAGUGUAAGAGCCCUGCUCUGUUUGUUCAACUCUGAACACAUAUUGACAGUGUAGCACAGUUGUUCUCACAGUCUGAUAGAUGCACACACAACAAGGUAUCCGUCACCUCUGUUUCUGAUUAGGAAUCAUGUCAACAGGGCUGGCUCUUUCACACAAUCAUUCAGUAUUCUUGAAAUGUCAUGAUCUGGGAUGCUACUUCCUUGAAUAUAAAUAUAGUCUUAUCUGUACCAAAUAUAAAGUCUUAAUUUCCCUCAGUGUCCAUCACUGUUUGUGCCACUGUAAGUGUACAGGUGUACUACUGAGAAUCCUUGUGUGCCAUACAGAGUGUUUCACAGAUCUGUGCCAUAUGUCACAGUAUUCAAAAUCCUGAGAGUACUAAACACGUUUUUCUCACUCUUCAAAGUUUUUGAUAGUGGUGAUCUCACUCAAUGUAUUUUAAAAAGAUAAACCCACAGAGACUUAAUAAUUAAAAGAAUGUCUAAUUAAAA